GUUAUAAAGGUCUGACUCAUGAGCAGUCCCGAGUCACCUAACAUCAAGAUCAAGAUCAAGACCACGGCCACUUCGCUCAGGCUGCUGGGACAGCAGCAUUCUUGGUAUAGACACAGCAGUGAGCAACAGGGCGUGACAGCUGUCUUUACUCCUGGAAAUGGGAGCGCCAUGGAGGUCCUGAGCUGCCUGCCACCCGUGCUGCCCCGCCUCCAGGACCAAGUUGAAGAGUACCUCCUUACACCGGAGCUCCUGCCCAUCCACAGUGCCACCAACUCAAGAAAAUGGUUCCCACGGGUACCAGAUCCACACCGGCUCUACAGUCUGUGCCCGCUGCCUGCGAGCUCCUGCCUUGAAGUGGAGAGGGACCCUGCCACAGGGGAAAUCACUGGCCUGCGUGAGGUGGUUAGCCGAGAUGCAGGAGCCACUUCCAAGAACUCUCUUUCCUUGGGUCGUGCACCAGGACCACCUGAAGAAGUGGUGCGGGGCUCCACCACCAACUAUCCCUUCUGGCCUGGUGGCUUCCCUGAACCUGAGGUGGACACUGAGGCAGUGGAAGGAGCAGACAUCUUUGACCCAGAGAACUUCUUGCUUAGCCAUCCAAGGCUGUCUGGUGGCAUGACAUUUGGCAAGGCUGAGCAGGUAGCAGAGAAGGAUGUGGUAAAGGAACAGCAAGGACAGCAGGAAGAAGGGCUGGUUGUUAAUCUGGCUGAUAUAUUAAAUGAGCAGAAGAUCUUUGAAGAAGAGCAACAACCAGCCAAGCAAGGUGGUGGGAGUUUGAGCUUGGAGGGCUUGAGUCAAGAGGAUGCCAAUUUGGUGCAGGAGUUCAGCAUUGAGCCGCCUCCACCUCCCCGCAAGCAGGAAUUUGUUCUGGACACAUCCAGUACCACUGCUGCUCCUGUUAUUGCUAAGAACACUGAAUGGGCUGAGAAUGUGGACAUCAAUGCUCCUGUGGAUGACUUUGCAGCUCGGGUGCCCAACCCUGCUUGUACCUACCCCUUUGAGUUAGACACUUUCCAGAAGCAGGCUGUUCUGCACCUAGAGCAGCAAGAUUGUGUCUUUGUUGCAGCACACACUUCUGCUGGCAAGACUGUUGUGGCAGAAUAUGCAGUGGCCCUGUCACUCAAACACAUGACACGAGCAGUCUACACUUCACCCAUCAAAGCCUUGUCCAACCAGAAGUACCGUGACUUCAAGAUCAAGUUUGAGGAUGUGGGUCUUCUCACAGGAGACAUUCAAAUCAAUCCCAAGGCUUCUUGCCUUAUCAUGACCACAGAGAUCUUGCAGUCAAUGCUGUAUAAUGGCAGUGACCUGAUCCGUGAUCUAGAGUGGGUCAUCUUUGAUGAGGUGCACUACAUCAACAAUGCUGAGCGAGGUCAUGUGUGGGAGGAGGUGCUCAUAAUGCUGCCAGCCACUGUCAGCAUUGUACUACUCUCAGCCACUGUUCCCAACACUAUUGAGUUUGCUGAUUGGAUUGGGCGCAUCAAGAAACGCAAAAUUUAUGUCAUUAGCACAAGUCAGCGUCCAGUCCCCCUGGAGCACUUCCUUUAUACUGGCACUGGUGGACGCUCCAAGGAUGACCGCUUCUUGCUGGUGGAUGCAAAAGGCACCUUCAUCACCAAAGGAUACAAUGAUGCAUUAGCAGCAAAAAAUGACAUGAAGAAGAGCCAGCAGAUGCAGGGAGGUCGUCAUGGCCGCCAACAUCUUGGGGAAAAGCAGGAAAAAAAUCUUUGGAUUGGGCUGUUGGACCACCUGGUGCGUCGUGACCUGCUGCCAGUGGUGGCCUUCACACUCUCCAAGAAGCGGUGUGACAGCAAUGCUCAACUGUUACUAAGCCAGGAUCUCACCACCAGUCGGGAGAAGGGCGAGAUCCAUGCCUUCAUCCGCCGCUGCACUGAUCGUCUGCAGGGAUCAGAUAAGAAGCUGCCGCAAGUGCUUUACAUGCGCACACUUCUCUUACAGGGCAUUGGUGUGCAUCACAGUGGUAUUCUGCCCAUUUUGAAGGAGGUGGUGGAAAUGCUCUUUGCCAAGGGGUUGGUGAAGCUGCUAUUUGCCACGGAGACCUUCGCCAUGGGUGUCAAUAUGCCAGCUCGCAGUGUUGUUUUUGAUUCCAUCAGGAAGCAUGAUGGUGUGGCAUUUAGGGAUCUGGUGCCCAGUGAAUAUAUUCAGAUGGCAGGACGUGCUGGUCGGCGUGGUCUAGACACCACUGGUACAGUCAUAGUGUUGUGCAAGACAGAGGUGCCAGAGAUGGCCGACCUGCAUCGCAUGAUGCUGGGCAAACCAUCCAAGCUUGAAUCCCAGUUCAAGUUAACUUACUCCAUGAUGCUGAGAAUUCUGCGUGUAGAGAGCAUCACCGUUGAGGAUAUCAUGAAACGCUCCUUCUCUGAGGCUGUGCAGAUGGCCAACCAGAGUAAGUACAAGGAAGAAUUGCAGCAGACAAAGGCUCGACUGGCUAAUGAACCUGACUUCUCAUGCCUUGUCUGUAAAGACAUGAAAGAGUACUAUGCUGUUGCUCGGGAUUACACCAAGCAGCGUCGACAGGUAUAUGCUUCCAUGAUGGUCUUUCCCGGUGUGAUGAAGGCCAUGGCACCAGGCCGGCUUCUAUUGUUGAGCAAUGGCCGAUACCAGCAGCGCCUUGCUUGUCUCCUCAAGGUAGACACACGAGACCAAAACAAGCUGACUGUCUUUGUUUUAAAGGGUAAAGCAGAAACAGAGAACCCCUCAGAAGAAGAGGUUCAGAAAAAAGAACUGUUGGCUGCCAGCCAUGACAGCUUUGAGGUACUGGAGGACACCACAGGCCACACUACCCUAGAGGUUCCUCCAAGUAGUGUGGCUGCAAUCCUUGCUAAAGUUCUCAAGGUUAGUGCUGACAAAGUCAUAGAUAAUAUCAAAAAGCGUCAGAUUCCACGCUUCAAAGAUGACCCGCCCUCUCAGUCAGUCCAGGAUCUGAUCAAUCACAUGCAACGUUUGAAUGAGUCUCGGGGUGAGGAGCUGCCCCACUUCAACCUGCUGAUGGACCUGGGUGUGAGGGAGAUGAGAGCUGUUGCCCAGGUCCGUGCCCUGGAUAGUCUGCGGUCCAAGGUGAGGGAGCGCGCAUGCAUGGAUUGUCCCAUGUUUCAGGAACACUUUGAACAGGCAUUUGUACGGCUCAACUUGGAGGAGAAGGCAGGACGCCUCACAUUCCUUAUGUCAGAGGAGGCACUGCAGCUCCAUCCUGAGUACAAGAUGAGAACCCAAGUGUUGCGUCAGAUGGGAUACAUUGAACAGAACAACACUGUCACUCUGAAGGGACGCGUGGCUUGUGAGAUGGGAAACCAUGAACUGAUGGUGACAGAGCUGGUAAUGGAGAAUGUGUUUGGAGAGAGCCCUGCUGAACUGAUUGCAGCACUGCUAUCCAGCAUGGUGUUCCAGCAGCGCAACUGUAGUGACCCAUCUCUCACUCCAGAGCUGAAGAAGGGUGUGAAGCAAUUCAAGGAGGUGGCACGAAACAUUGGCAGAGUCCAGAAGGAGUGUGGCUUGCUGGAGCCUGUUGAAGACUUUGUGGAUCAAUUCAAUUUUGGUCUGACAGAGGUGGUGUAUCAGUGGGCGUGUGGGAUGCCCUUUAACAAGAUCAUGGAGCUAACAGACGUUCAGGAGGGAAUCACUGUCAAAUGUAUUCAGCGUCUGGAUGAAGUGCUCAAAGACGUCAAGAAUGCUGCACAUAUCAUUGGUGACCCGAACCUGCGGGAAAAGAUGGAGGCAGCCUCAACAGCCAUUAAGAGAGACAUUGUGUUUACCCCUAGCCUGUACACACAGUGAGGGGCAAGAUGGAUAACCGUAGCUGCCUUAUACGCGCACACACACACACACACACACACACACACACACACACACACACACACACACACACACACACACACACACACACACACACACACACCAAC